ACGACACCUCUUCACACUUACAAUGAAGUCGGCAUUUGCUCUUUCGAUGUUCCUCGCCAUCGUGGCUUCCGUCUCGGCUGGCGCUGUCGGCACCCCCACCAACGCUGAGCUUCUCAAGCGCGGCCUGCCGCCCCGUGCUCCUCGCAAGCUCUACGCCCCUACCCGUGUCUCCGCUGCCAAGAGGCAAUCUCCUUCGGGCGUCGUGACGGCCACGGCCGAUACAUGCACCACCGGUCAACUCCUUUGCUGCAACGAGCUUACUCCUGCUGAUAGCACUGAUGCUACCAAUGCUCUCGCGUCCAUCGACGUCACUUUGACGUCUUCCCAAGAUGUCGGCCUUGGGUGCACCGCGCUCACCACCGACGGUACUUGUGAUAACACUCCCGCGUGCUGUGACGGUACACUCGACGGAGUCGUUUCCAUCGGUUGCACCGCUGUCACGCUUGGAGGUUGAAAAUAGAUCAUACUUCCCUCCAUCACAUUGGAGGGGUAUAGAUUUCAUCCAAAUUCACGAUGAUACGUCUUUCCCCUCGAUAUUUGUAACACUAGCAGUUCACGCCUUUCGUGUAAUUAGUUGCUGUUCCCAAUGUCCCUUUCCUAAACCAUGCAGAACCAUCCAUCCCUUUUUCC